UCUGACCGACCAGGAUAAAGCUUGACAGAGCUCGCACGAGGAACAAACAGGUCACACGGAGUUCUGUGAAAUCUGUUCAGUUUCAGUGUUUUUUCAAUUCAGUUCACACAUAUCGAUGUUUACAAAGCCUUUCAAGACAUUGUCAAAGAAACUUCAUUCAAGGAAGUAACGAUUUCGCGCCUUUUCCCUGUCGUCUGCUUGUGACCGCCUGCUUGGAUUAUCGUCUGCUCGAGUUGAGAUAAACGCCACGUUUCGCCCGCCUGCGAGGUGAAGUCAACUCGCCCCACCCAAGCAGAACUGAACACACGUGUUGAUGAUGUCGCAGUGAGGGAGAUGUCGUGGAAUGACAGCGGAGGGGGAGACUGAGACAUGACGCUGAAAGGUCUUGGUACGAAUAUUUCCAUUUACAAAACUCCCGACGACAGCCAGAGCUCCAACGACACAGACUCAACAUGCACGGAAGUGGAGACCGUCCAGUCAAGUCUGUGCUGUCUACAGGGGUGUUUAGCUGCCUCAGCUGUGGGUUUCGCCUUCUUUGUAGGGCUCCCGUCGGGUAUCCUCCUCGUGUUCUACGCCUCCAAGAACAAUGACCCCACUCUGCUUGCGGUAGGGGGGGUCUUGGUGGCACUUCCGGUCUUGACCCUGAUCAUUUUCGUCAUAAUCUGUCUGUUUAAACACAGAUUGAAGAGGGUAAACAAACGCAACAACUGUCCCGUCCACAAAGAUCCAGGAGAAGAUAACUCUAGAUAUUGAGGGCGUACUUCCGGUUACAGUUAUAUGGCUGAGAGGUGUUACUUCCCUUUAAACAUUGUAAGAUUUCGUCGCUGAAAGCUGCAUAAUUGUUCAAGCGACUGCAAGUAAUACCCAUUCCUUCGUACAUAUACGGAAAUCCAAUACAAUCUAUAGUAUGAGGUGUUACCAUGUCUUUCAAAGGAGGAACAUCUAUGCAUACCAAGUCCAGUCCAAGUGUGCCACGGAACAUUCCUUGUUUGGUUUGGUUGUGACAACAUAAUGCCACGAACCAUAUCUUUGAGACCCCGGCAGUCAGAAAGGUCUCUUAAUUCACACUAGAAAAUGCCUUAGUCUUUAGCCGGCUUUGACAAUACGAUUCCAAUUAUUGGUGCAAUCUUUUUGUCAGUAACAUGAAAUAGCUGAUUUAAAAUGUUCUGUUCACCUCUUACCUGAACUAAAUAGUGCCAUAGUGUUACAUUACACGAUACUUAGAGGCAGUCAUGGAGCUAUAGCCAAAGGCUUGCAGAUCUACAGUAACGUGACUGAAAUACGUCACAGUGGAAGUUUCUGUAAGCUUGUGAACGUCUGAGUCAAACUAGGACAGCGAGGUUACAAAGAACUCGAAUGAUGUCUCGAAGUAAGCAGCGCCUCUGUGAUUAAUAGUUUCUUUGAGAGAUCCAUUUUGUACAAUAUUUAUGUGGGGCAUAUGCUAUGCAUGUUUUCGUGGGUAGUUUUCGCAUGUUGGUCAUCGUCCGUGAAAAACACGUUUAGUAACGGACAACAAUAUGUGCCAAAUACAUAUGUAUUUUCUUAUCUGUGAGGUCCUUAAAAUAUACUUCGAUUGGGAGAGAUAAUUGUAUAUUUUGCCUCAGGUACGUCUAGCUUUGAAGGCUGUGGUCAAAGGGAGAUAAUUUAAAACAGCAAAUGUGUUUUCAAAGAUGAGAGUAAAGUCAAACUAAAUUCUUUUUUCCUUCAAACGUUAUUUAAUCUGUGGAAUAUUUCAGUAUUUCGCACGAUGACGUGUGUGUAGCUGCAACGGAGCGUUGAAGUGGGAAAUAGUCGAGGUUGUGUUAUGCAAAGAUAAUAAGCAAUAAAUAUAUGCACAAAUGGGAAGGACAAAGGUUGUUACGAACCAUUGAGUUCAUUGAUCAUGUGAAAUCGGUUACGGUGUUGUUUGAAAUCCAGUGAAUGAUAUAUUUAAUUAAAUGUCUAUUGAAAUGCACACCACCCUACCGUGAUUGACCUCUACUGGCUCAUGGAACAGACAUUGUAAUCCUGUACUUUCCGAUAGCUGCUGAGAUGUACAACCAUUAACAGACAAAACUGGAUCCCAGUCCGGACGUUGCCUGCUAUGUACAUUCUAGUGUGACAUAUCGUAUCGCGACAUCCUCAGGAUAUUCUGCUUCGAGACAAAAGCCCACUAGAUGUCGGUAAAUGGAUCAGUGCUCUGUGUAAUUAAGCGUCUUGGUAAACCCGACCAGGGAACGUGACUCUUUGAAAGCUAGUCAAUGUUAUCAUGUAUAUUUUAUUACACGGUGGUCUCGCGAUAAAGGUUUCUUCUGCUUACUGUAAACACGAUGCACUUGCCUUUAUAAAAAAAAUAUGAAGUAGCAAUAUUGUAAUUUCAAUAAUUGCUCAGUCCCGAUGGUUCUCAAAUGUGUACAUAGUGCCGUUGUGCCUUGAGACUGGAAACAGGUCAUUGUUUACAGGUGUGGAAUUAUUAAUGAGGUAUAAUGGAUAUUGUGCCUUCAUGUCAACGUAGAAAUCCCGGCUUUGUUUUCCGACGGGACAUGGCCAUAACUGACUGGGGUUUCCCCAAAAAGCUAUAUAUAUAACUACACCAAGGUAAUCUCCAAUUGUGUACACUACUUGGUUUCGGACACACUAUUAACAUGACAAGGUAACUCCAAUUGAUUAAGGUGUAAUUGAAAUGACGUAAUAUUGUCUGGUGUUGGCUAACAUCUCAAUAACCUGUUCGUUAAGUUUCGGUGCUGUUAAAGAUAAACCCUGUCGUAAAUUGAAAUAGUUUUAAACUUUUUAAGUUAUCGGUUACAGAGUUUUUAAUUCAUUUGCCAUCAUGAAAAGUACAUAUUGUGAUACCCCUUUAAACACCUGUAGGAUUACAAUGGUUGUGGAAAUAAGCAUGUAAUAUUUCAUGUCCACAUGUUAUUGAACUCUAAGCAGUUACUGUCCUGUAGGUGAACGUAUGCAAACAUUUGUUGAUGUUGCUAGUGUUUGAUUCAGGCUCGUGUCUUUUUAUGUAUUUUAGGUUACUGCCGGUUUGUUUACAUCCACUGCAUAAUGCCAUAUGCUUACUGUUAUUUUCCUAUUAACGUAGGCAUAAAUAGCAAAUGAAGGUCAAUUUGUUAUUUUAUUUUGUUUACAUUGUUGAAAAUGCAAAUAUUUUAUUUAUGAAGUCAGAUUAUGAAAUAUGUUAUAAUUAUGCAAAUAAAAUUGAUUCGUAUAAAA